AUGGUGCAUUUGGCUCUGAAGUUCAGUCCCCUAAUAGAAACAGGCUCGCUGCUCACCCAAGAGGUCCAAGACCAAUGGCUUCAAGCUCCUUCUCCAAAGCUCAGCAGCCACGCUCAGGAACUUCUGGUGUGCACCAGAGCAAAGAGGGGAUACGAGGGGGAGUCUCCCCCAGCCCCCCCAACAGGAGACAGACCCUCACCCCCCGAGAGCCCACCCAGCUUUCUGUCUCCAGGCAGUCAGGACAUCCCACUCCUGGAAUUCACUGACAGAAUGGAAAGCCUGAAACAGGCUCGCUGCUCACCCAAGAGGUCCAAGACCAAUGGCUUCAAGCUCCUUCUCCAAGGUUCAGCAGCCCCGCUCAGGAACUUCUGGUGUGCACCAGAGCAAAGAGGGGAUACGAGGUGCAGCAUCCAGCUCUAUGAUGUCCCCUACCUUGAAAAAGCAAUCCAGCGUCCGUCCAAGAAGCCUUCCACCAAUGACUUCACGUUCCUACUCCAGGGUUCAGCAGCCAAGAUCAGGAACUUCUGGGGGUUCAGCCUCCAAGCUCUUCCAGGGUUCAGCCUCCAAGCUCAAACUCUGGCGAUGGGGGCGGGGCCACGCCGGCGCGCUCCCGAGCUGGGAGGCGCGCUCCCGCGGCCGGUCCCCUGGUUGGUGCCAGAGACGCAGCUCCAGCUCCAGCUCCAGCUCCAGCUCCAGCUCCAGCUCCAGCUCCAGCUCCAGCUCCAGCUCCAGCUCCAGCUCCAGCUCCAGCUCCAGCCCUGUGAACAGUCCACCGUCUCCUGCUGCAGAAGACAUGGGAUUUACCGGCUCCGACUGGAAACCAAGCGGCUCCGCUGCGCGCUGCGUCCUGCGGGGAAUCUGAGCCGCUGUCUGAUCUGUGAUCACCACCGACCUCCACCUGCCGGACACCUCUUCUGUUUCUCCCCCCUUCAGCCUCAUUUAUGGACCGCACAAGCUGCGCUUGACAGUGUUUGCAAUUUUCCGUGCGCUCAGCUGAAGAUGGAGACGGUGAUGGAGAGGGAGUGCAGCGCGCUCGGGGGGCUUUUCCAGACCGUGAUUGGAGACAUGAAGGGGAGUUACCCCAUCUGGGACGACUUUAUCAGCAAGGCAGGCAAACUACAGUCACAACUGAGGGCAACGGUUGUCGCGGUUGCAGCUUUCCUGGACGCCUUCCAGAAGGUUGCUGAUCUGGCGACCAACAGCCGCGGUAAGGGGAGUUACCCCAUCUGGGACGACUUUAUCAGCAAGGCAGGCAAACUACAGUCACAACUGAGGGCAACGGUUGUCGCGGUUGCAGCUUUCCUGGACGCCUUCCAGAAGGUUGCUGAUCUGGCGACCAACAGCCGCGGAGGAACCCGGGACAUCGGAUCAGCCCUCACCAGGAUGUGCAUGAGGCAUCGCAGCAUCGAGGCCAAGCUCCGCCAGUUCUCCAUGGUGUUCCUGGACUGUCUGAUCAACCCUCUCCAGGAGCAGAUGGAGGAGUGGAAGAGAGUGGCCAACACUCUGGACAAAGAUCAUGCCAAAGAGUAUAAAAAAGCCCGUCAGGAGAUCAAGAAGAGGUCGUCAGACACCCUGAAGCUGCAGAAAAAAGCCAAGAAAGCUGAUGUAUUUGGCCGUGGAGACCUGCAGCCGCAGCUGGACAGCGCCAUGCAGGACGUCAGCGACAAGUACCUGCUGCUGGAGGAGACGGAGAAGCAGGCCGUGAGGAAGGCGCUGGUGGAGGAGAGGACCCGCUUCUGCUGCUUCGUGUCCAUGCUGAGACCUGUUGUGGAUGAGGAGAUGUCCAUGCUGGGGGAGAUCACUCACCUGCAGACGCUGACGGAUGAUCUGAAGAUGCUGACCAUGGACCCGCACAAGCUGCCUGCUUCCAGCGAGCAGGUAAUUCUUGACCUGAAGGGCUCAGAGUGCACGUGGUCCUACCAGACUCCCCCCUCCUCCCCAAGCACCACGGUAUCCAGGAAGUCCAGCAUGUGCAGCAGUCUGAACAGCGUGAACAGCAGCGACUCCCGCUCCAGCGGCUCCCACAGCCACUCCCCCACCUCCCACUUCCGCUUCCGCGCCUCCUCCUCCUCGUCCUCCUCCGUGCUGCCGCAGCAGCCCCCCGCCCGCCUCUCCUCCGUCUCCUCCCACGACUCUGGCUUCAUCUCCCAGGACGCCUUCCAGUCCAAAUCCCCGUCCCCCAUGCCGCCAGAAAACCUGCAGUUGUCAAAUGGCUUUGACCACCACGCUGCCCUCUGUCUGCAAGGAUCAGUACUGCAGGCCCAGGACAGCCACCUCCACCCUUCAUACUUCACCUACUCCUCCUCCUCCUCCAACACCACCUCUCCCAUCUCCUCGCCCUCCUAUCUGUCCGUCUCUCCCACGUGGCCGUGGGCCGGGCCGGGAGAGUUCCCGCCUCUCAGCCCUGCCGGGCUCGGAAUGAUCCCGUCGUUCAGAGUCCCAUCCUGGAAGGACUGGGCCAAACCGGGCCCGUAUGACCAGCCCUUGGUCAACACUCUGAGGAGGAGCAAAGACCGGAGGGAGCCGGCAGAUCCGGGCAGCCACCAGGGGGUUGAGCUCAGCACACCCGGGGAGGAGCCGCACGGCUUCAAGGGAAACCACUACGGAACUUCCCCCAAGGUGGACAAGGAGACCCACGAGGAGCUGGCCCGGGUUCUGGCCCGGGGGCUCCAGCUGGACAUCCACGGCUCCAGCCGGGACUCUCUGCAGGGCUCCAGCGGCUACAGCAGCCAGACCAACACGCCCUGCUGCUCCGAGGACACCAUCCUGUCACAAGACUGUGUCCACUACUCAGAUAUGGAGGGCGAGCAGCAAACUUCAGACUUUGACAAGUCCUCCACCAUCCCGAAGAACAGCGACGUCAGCCACUCUUACCGCCGCAUGUUCCAAUCCAAGCGCCCUGCGUCCACCGGCGGCCUGCCCUCCAACGCCUCGUCCAUCAACACCCCAGGGGUCGCCACCAUUCGACGAACUCCGUCCUCCAAACCGAACCUUCGGCGGCCGUCCGGAGGCCUGAACCUGGGCCCCAUCCCCAUCAAGCCCCCCAUGAUCCCGGUCAAGACGCCCACCGUGCCCGAUCACCCCGGUUUCCUGAUGAGGGCGGCGUCGGAGGGGAGCACCACCCCGCGCAGCCCCAUGAGCCCCACGACCAGCCCUCUGUCGCCGGGCAACGGAGGCCCGUUGUCACCCAAGUCCGUGACCCGGGAUAGCCGGGAUAGCCGGGAGAGCCGGUAUCUGGACGAGGGGUCGGAUCCUCCCACCCCGCCGCCGCAGCCCGGCGGCCGGCCGGCGGAGUGGGAGCGCCAGCCGCUCCCCGAGCUCCUGGAGGAGUUGGAGUACGGCGACGUGGAGGACUUUCUGGUGGCCAUACGGCGAGGAGUCAAGCUCAAGAGGACGACCACAAACGACCGAUCAGCACCGAGUAUUCAUUAAUUCUGCCAGGGGGGGUUUGUAUGACUUGACCCCAUUCUGUGUCCGUAAUCGAAUUGUCUUUUUUGGACACAAAAUGGUUGCUAGUACACGCAAAUCAGAGCCGCGACCUGAAGAAGUGAGUGCCAAAAUAGAUGGAAGUUGCCCAGAGACUGUGGAUCGGUCUUAGACUCCCAAUUUUAGCAGUGCCAAAUUUUAUUUAAAAGAUAAAAAAUCUCUGCACCUUAAGUAUUUGGGGGAAAAAAAAGAAAAUACAAUCCAGAUGAUAGUUAUAAGUAUGAGUUUGGAACGAUCAAAAGUGGCUUGUGGUGUCCGUGCUAACUAAUACGAAGGGCGUUCUCACCUAAAAGGAGAGAGGAAACAUUUGCCCGGAUUUUUUUUACAUAUUGAAGAAGUGCACAAUAAAAUAUCCACACAGAUUGAGAAUCCUUCCAACAAUGUCUUUUUUUUUUUUAAGUUAAAAAAGUGCAUUGCGAGCUCAUCACUCGCAGAUCCGAGACCUUUUCCUCAGGGCAACUUCACGAAAACCGAGUGGGUCGGCUGAAAUCAGCUUCAUAGAAGAGAAAACAAUGACCACGACGAGUAAAAGGUAGCAAGAAUCUCUGAGAUAACGAACAGAAAGGAGCGACGGAGUAUUUUCAUUUUUCAAAAAGCUCAAAUCAUUAUUUGUAUGUAUGUAUUUAGUUUAUAUGACUAUAUUUAUGCUACAUAAGCUGCUGUGACAGGUAACAGUAGCUGCUCGCUGUUUCAGAUUGUCCUGAUAUAUAAAGUGUAGGUUUUAGCCUCUAAAAUUAAAUCUUUCAGCAAAUAAAGCCCAGCAGAAGACAAAAGAUCAAACCUACACUGCAAAAACUCAAAAUCCAGUGGAACAAGAUUUUUUUGCUUGUAAAGAGAAGAUAAAUCUUCCCACUGGCAGAUUUUUCUACUUAUUUCAAGUGAAAAUUUACUUAAAACAGGUGAAAAUUGUCAAAUAAGUUAUUUUUUCUGGUAAUGACUCUUGUUUUAAGUGUAAUGAGAUUUUUUGACUAAAAAUGAGACAUUUUAACUAGAAAUAAGACAAAUAUUCCUGGUAAGAUUUUGAGUUUUUGCAGUGUACUGUGCAACACAAGUCAUGUCAAUGAUUCUGUAAACUAGAAAUCAAACUCAUUUAAUAUUCAUUUUUCUUUUUUGGAAGCACUUUGACUGUUUCAAAAUCAAAACUGCACUAAUGAUAUAAUUCUAUAUAAAACCAAUAGCACCAAUAGAAGCUGUGGCUGCAGUUUUCCUGGUCCUGCCUGUCUGUAGUAGAUGGAUUUAAGUGGGUGUGUGUGUGUGUGUUGGUUUGUUGUAGUGAAACCUACGCGCUGAAUUAGCUGGCACUGAUGUAAACAGUUGUGGACAUUAAUUUAGUGAAGCUGCUACCGAGUCGGUGCGUCCGUAACCCGCAGUUUUAGAACAAAAUACGAUGUAAAGAUCUGAUGUGUGUGAUAUCAUUUGGUCGUACGAGGAGCUAGAAGGCGUCCCGUGAUGACGUCGCACUCCAGGAUGCAGCGCAGCAGAGUUAGAAAACGCGCAGCAGAGUUAGAAACAUUCUGCAGAGUUAGAAACAUUCUGCAGAGUUAGAAACAUUCUGCAGAGUUAGAAACAUUCUGCAGAGUUUGAAACGCCCGCAGGGAGCCGGGGCUGCUUUUAUAGGUGGAAACACGACCGGUGUUCUGCCAAUUUCUGCUACCUGCCGACAAAAUGCUACUUUGUGGUUCUGCGCAUGCGCACAGUCGAUUUUCAAAGUUUGAUUGCCACGCUAAAUUGAUAAUAUGGGAUGUUGAGUAUUUGAUCCUUCAAAAAUACACUACCCAUGACAUGAAUUGCAUUACACUUUGUGAACAUUAUACGAUAAAGAGAAAAAAAAAACAAUUCUAUCGCUUUAUUUGAUAUUCAUUCAGUCAUUCGCCUUUAUUUAACAAUGGCAGGUCAUUAAGAACACGUUCUUAUUUACAAUCACGGCCUGGCAAGCGACAAGGACCACUUGGGGGGAAAGGGAAGUGGUUUAGGGAGUAAAACAGUAAAAUUGUAGCUCUACAAAGGUAGAAAACCAUUAGGUAGCAUUUUUUGGCAAAGCAGCAGAAAUUGGCAGAACACCGGCCCACUGACUGGAUCACCUGUUGAAUAAAACUCUAGAGACGUGAGAGACGGUCACAUGUCCCGACACGGGGGAUCAGGACUGAUCCGUAUGAAAGCUUGUGGCUUACAUCCCUAUCAUUCAAAUUACUUUGUAGUGCGUUUUUUUCUUAUUAUUAUUAAAUAAGCUACACCGUCAUAUCAAAUAUAUACAUUGUACAGAGACGUUGAAGGAUUUUUAUAUCCCAAAAUUCUGCUUUAAAGUGUAGCUACGCACCUGGAAAAAUAGGCAGUAACACAAAAUGAGGAAAAUAAGGGUCCAAAGUUAAAAUCUUCUGGUAAAUAUCAAAGUAAACUACUGUGUCCACAAAACUGAGACGUGAAUGGCUUGAAUGGACUUCAUUUAACCGCUAAAGCUUUUCUGUUUUGUUUUUGUCCCUUUUCUCUUCAUUACCAGUCAGUUCCUGAAUGUAUCAUUUGAAAUAUUAAAUAUUCAACUCAUCUUUUCUUCCCCUCUUUGCUUGGAAAUACUGAGUCAUUCUAUAAUUAGGGGUACAUGUCAUGUCCAUGGGCUGUAUUUAUCAAUUUUACUAAAUAUUCACUUAAAGCAAUGAUCAACUUUAUAUCAGGGCACAUUUCUCUUUCAUUUAAUACAAAAAAGUCAACAAAUUCCAUCAUUUAUUUUUCAAAAAAUGCUUAUUCUAUACUGGAUUUUGUUGUUUUUGUGCUGUCCGAUUUGCUAAAUGUCAGGUUUUGCUCUUCAGAUUAACACUAAAAUACAUUUUUUUGUAUUUAAUUUCCAUAAUUAUUUGUUCAAAAUAAUCAUUAAAAUAUUAGAAAGGUGUUUUAAAAACUAUUUGGUUCAUGCAUGUACAUUAAAUCAUCCACUUUGUGUGUGUCCGAGAAAUCUCUGUCAACUGUGUUACCCAUUGAAAAAACCCCUAUAAAUCAGCAAUGGUUUGCUCCAAAGUCACAUGUCCAAAAUUAUAUGAUGUCCCUUCCUUCAGGGAGGGAGAUUUGAAGACAGUGUGGUAAAUUUCUACUCCUCCUCUUCAAUAUUUCAUCAAUAUUAUUGUGUGUACAUAGAGUGGGUUAAUUGAUCGUCAACUGUGUUAUCAACAUGUUCUUGUGAACUUGCUUUACAUGUUAUUUUUACAAAAAUACAGAGAAACUGUAUAAAAACAUGAGUUGAUCAAGGCCAUGUAGUGACAGGUCCAAGGUCUGCAGUUAGCACAAAAUGCACUAAAAUGGCCGAAAUGUCAACUGUGUUACCCACCAACUGUAACACUGUAACACUGUAACUGUAAUUAGAGUUUAAGCUUGGCAAUUAUCGAAUUUAGCACAUUUAGGGUGUAUAUUAUGGAAGCAACUAGAUUUUUUAUCAAAAAAGAAAACUGAUUUUGUCACUUUUGGUUGAUAUGAAAUGUACCCCUAAUUAUAGAAUGACUCUACUAUUAAAACUCAUCAACACAAUAAACCAGAGGUUCUGAAAACACGCGUUUCAGAUCUCUGCUUUGGCUCACGUUUGCGUUGCCCGAUUGAACUUUGUUUUGUCAGUGAGACGACGGGGAAGCGCGUGAGCGAAGUAAACUGAUCCGUGAAGGAUGAAACACACGAGGCUGAUUCAGUGACACAGUCGAAAUCAAACGAACAAACACGAACUGCCGCACGUUAACUGCUACAACUAUACAGAACUGUAACUGUAUUACUUCGUCAUGUUUAAGAACCCAAUGGGUUCAUCCAGUUUGUAUUAGUGAGUAAUAGCUACAAGUACACGAUUCUUCCGUACAACCCAAUAGAACUGUCCAUGUUGCAUUUCCACAUGGGUUUAUUUAUUCUUUUCAAUGUUGCGUUUUUGAUUUUGUAAUUUCCAGAUUCCUCUCUGUACUGUUUAACAAUAUAAAACCUAUUAGCACAUUUAUUUAAUAUGCAUGUAACUUUCUUUUUCCCAAGGAAAAAAAAAAAAAAAACAACAAAAAAUCUGUAAUGUUCUGCUUUCUUUCUUUCACCUGUAACACUUUUCCUGAGUUUUGUCGACUAAGCGAGAAGAAGCGCGUUUUUUAGGUCAUGUAAUCUGCUUUUCCUUUGGGGGGGGGUUGGGGGUCGUAGACGGCUCCUGUUCUUUGUGACAGCAGUUUGACGCCGUGUAUGAUGACUGAAGCCUGUCUGUUUUUCUAUAUCCGUCUUGGCUUUCCACUGCAGGUUUACGACACCGUCGUGUAGCUGAUGCGAGAACGAGCAGAUGAAGCUGAAUGUUUGGACCUGCCGUGAUUCUGUAACCGCGUGUUUUCACUCAAACUCCCGCGCCGAGGAUUAGACAAGUGGGCAUGAGGGUGUUUCUGUAAAAAACACAAAUAAAAAUCAGGUCGUUUUGGGAUGAGGCUGGUCAGAAACGUUGUAGAAGAUAUCUGCUGGAUCGAGACCCACUUGUCCACUGCUCGGUGCGUCUGGAAGCCAUUUCUGUCCCUGAGCUGUUAGUAAAAGCUGCUGUCACUGUCUCCUUACCCUUUAACCUUUCAUUUGAGACAAGUUGCCAAUUUUUUAAAGUAUAUGCUAAACAAUGACUUUGAUUUUUGUACUGUAAGCUAUUCCUACUUCAGGUACUUCUCUAUUAUGGUUUCCUGUGUCCAUUUUCCAGAUAAAUGCUCCUAAUUUGUCUGAAAUUUCUCUCUUGUUGCUGCCACUUUCUCUCAAUAUAAAUGUCAGAUUUGGAGAAAUAACUCAGAAUGAUU